CGAUGAAAGGUUGGUGAUAUAGUUGGCACCACUUGCAAGUGACAUUUAACCUAACUUUUUUAUACCACAAAAAAUGGCAGAUUUAUACACGAGUUUGCCUGACAAAUACCUAAGCAAUGCCCCCGAUAUUGGGGACCCUGGGACCUACCUCCAAAAACUGCUCAAGAAGGAACUCCCAAAAGGAGACUCCCAGCAACUAGUUCACGACCUUAAAUGGCAAUUCCUCCUCGACAAGCACCAAAGUUCAAAGAAGAGAAACAAACCAAUUCGGAAAAAGAAAACUUUCCUCACUAGAAAGGAGCGAAAGGAGCUCAACAUUUUAAAAUUGCCGAAAUCAGACUGGGAUUACAGCUCGCUGGAAAGUAUAAGAAAAAUGUGGCGUCAAUAUAUGAACCAAAAUUUGGAACUGGCCGGACCUGUGCCCCGCUGUAGUGACCAAGACUGGACAAACUUUUCCACAAUUUUAGCCAAAUCGGAAUUAAUCGGCAGUGAAAUCAAAGUGGUGAGGUCAAAGUGCCCCAGGCACGUGGGCUUGAGUGGGACUGUGGUGUUGGAGACGAAAAUGACGUUCCAAAUCGUGACCCCAAAAUCACAAUUGAAAAUAAUCCCCAAAAAUACGUCAGUUUUCCAGUUCACUUUGGACAAAAUCAAAUUCACAGUUUUUGGUAAACACAUAAUGACCAAACCCAGCGAGCGUAGCGUGAAGAAAAUCAAAUCGCUGAUGUUACCAGACUUAUAAUUUAUUUAUUUUUUGCGACUCCUACCCAAGCUGUGUUCGUACUGCAGCUUGGCCCAAAUGCCUUUACACAUUUUCACAAGUCUUUCAUCGACAACAGUCGCAUUUUUCGCAGUUAUAAACUCCUGAUAAAUAA